AUGUCCCACUGCUAUCACAUGGUCCAAGGCCCCAUCAACAAGUUGGUGUACGUAGAAACCGACCCUGAGCUGUUCUUGUCCCAUCUCUGCUCCAUUGCUGCUGGACUAGUCCAAUUCGAUUCACAAGGCAUGGCCAUGGUUAAGGUUGCCAAACUGGGUACUUCAGAGGUCCAAGUUCAAUCUGGUUGCCAGUUAGGCACUUCAGAGGAUAUGGAAAGUAUUAAUUCGACCUCUACUAUAAAGGACAGUUCUAACACUUCUUCUCUGCCCACUCUUAGCCCUGUUCUGUUUACCAUUACCAAUCUUCCUAUGGACAAGACCCUGCCUGAAGAUCAGAAGACUGGCAUUAUGAACUUGCUCAACAAGUUUUGCACCAUGUUUGUGGCAAAGGCUCACACUGUUACUAUCCAAGUUGUGUGCUUAAGUAAUCUUUAUCACGAUGAGUCAUCUUCCAGGAGUAUUGUUCUUCUGGAAAGAUCCGGAAAGACCAAUUGA